UGAACAUUCUCUUAAUUUCAGUAAAUUAAGACAAAAUUGGAAUUUCUAUCUCAAACACAAAUUUUUAUCAUCACAUUUAUUAACUGCUGUUUGAUACUUUAAUUUCAAUUCACUGUUGUGAAAAAUGUUGUUGCGAAGAUCAAGUCUGGUUUUUCGAAACAAUUAUGGACUAUUCUCAACAGUAACUGAACCCAAGGUUAAAUUGGAAGAAUAUAGAACAUCAGAAAAUGAUCCACGAAAUCACACGACCGAUCACAUUGGAAAGUUUUAUAGAAUUGAUGAAAAAACGAAGAAAACCGUUUUUCGGUAUGGUGGAAUAACAAAAACUUACGAAAAACAAAUCCAAACUUUCAAUGAACCAUGUGUAAUGGUUAGGAAUCCUGCAGUUGAGAUCAUCGAUUAUAUGAAAAACACAGAUUUCAAUAAACCAAUCGUUCGUUAUGUUCUUUAUGGCGGUUUAGGAACUGGCAAAUCGAUGUCCAUGGUACAUUUACUCCAUUACGGAUAUAUAAAUGGAUUUUUACUAGUACAUAUUCCAUGGCUUCCAUACUGGUACAAGCAUGGAAGAGAAUAUGGAGACUCAGCGACUCAGGAAGGAAUGACUGAUAUCCCGUUAAAAACUGCUGCUUGGCUCAUGCAUUUCAAAACACAAAACAUUGAACUCCUAACAAAACUUGAUUUAAAAACAAGUCAAGAUUACGUGUGGAGCAAACGUGAGACUACACCAGUUGGUGCUUCUCUUAUCGAACUCGUUGAUCAUGGAAUUAAUCGAGCCAAAUAUGCCACAGACGUGAUUAGAGUUCUAUUUGAUGAGGUCAAAUUACAGUCAAAUGAAGGUAAAGUUAAAACGAUGGUGGCAAUAGACGGAUACAAUAUAAUUUUUAAUGAGAAAACUAACUUCAAAGCGCAAUUCAAGGUGAUGAUACCAAAAAGUAAAAUAUCUUUUACACAACCGUUUCUUGACAUUACAAAGCCUGAUUGGUGUAAUGGCGUUUGCGUGUUGAGUGUAGAUAGACUAGCAAUGUUUGGAUGGGAACGUGAAUCAGAUCUACCAAUGUAUCUUCUUGGCAGAGAAGGAUUUGAACAUUUAGAUCCAUUUGUUCCAGUGAGACAUGAAGAUUAUGAUGAUAAAGAAUACGAAAGUUGCAUCGGUUAUUAUGUUGACAGAAAAUGGAUUCAAAAUGUUGGACCAGGUUUUGACAAAGAAUUGAAAUAUUUAAGUAACCAAAAUCCUUAUAAACUUAUGGAUUUAUGCAAGUCUCUGUAGAUUAUUUAAUUAUACUAAGACAGUUUUAAUAAAGCUUAGUUGAUGAUACUUAUUUUGAUGAAUUUUUGAUGAUAAAUGGCGAAUUAAAAGUGGACAGGUCAAGGCUGAUGGUUUUCGUUCCGUACGUGAUCAUCUUCAUCUCAUGUCACCAUGAAGAACUUGGAAUGAUUUUUAAAUAUUAGUUCUCAUUUUUUGUUGCUUAUUGGGAUGUUUAUGAGUGAUGUGUUGACAUAAAAAUGUUAAAUAAUUGAUGAAAUAAGAGAAGGUAAUUUUUAUUUAUUACGUUUGAAUAAAUAAACUAACAGCAAC